AUGGAUUAUAAAGAUGUUAUUUUUUCACGAAAUCUGAAAGCCAUGUCUUUAAUGUUUGAAAAAGAUAAAAGCUCAAUAAUUCCUUGGUGUGCUUCAUUCCAACAAUCUUUCGAAAUCAUUAAAAACGAAGAACUUGAUUUUACAAAAAAGACACCCACUGGAAACAACAUGAUCCAUUAUGUUUCGAUGUUUAAUAAUUUUGAAAUUUGCAGAUAUUUAUUGGAAAGAUUAUCAAAAAAUCAUUUAGAUGUUAAUGCAAAAGGUAAUUCUGGAUGGACUCCUCUUCAUGUCGCUGCGGAAAAGAAUUGCUUCGAGUGUGUUAUACUUCUGACUUUAUUUGGUGCAGAUGUCAAUGCAAAGGACGAUGAAAACUAUACUCCACUGCAUUAUGCAGCUGAUUACGAACGCAAAGAGAUAGUGGAAUUUCUUAUUUCUCACGGUGCUGAUGUCAAUGCAGUCUGUGAUUCAGGGGCAUAA